GCCAUGUUGAAAGCCCACCAAUUAGGCUAAGGGGGACCCGUAGCGAGCCUCGUUUGCGGGGAUAUCGGGACGCGAUGCCACGCUCGCGUAUCUGGCUUACUUAAAACACCGCCAUUUUCUUGCACUAGGUGAACCGAGGUGCAGUCCGCUCGAUGAUCAACUAAAUGAUGACUCCGCACGAACCGGCUGAAUGGAUAUUCAUCAUGUAUUUGGAUAGUUGGAGAACGUAGGCUCUGGGCAGGGGAAAAUAUAUAUGUAAGGACAAAGGCUUGACCGGGUGGAUGAUUCUGUUACUUCCGAGCUGUGCCUCUAUUCUAGCGUGUCUGGUGCUUGGUCGCUACCAUGGUUGCCGCGUUGUCUAUCAUAUUCCUCUUGGCUACGGUUGGAGGAGCUGUGUCAUCGCCCAAGAGCCUCAAUUCUGAUAUCACUUUACUGAUCGACAAUGACUUGCAAGGAUCUGAGAGCCCGACAGCAAGUUCCGGAGUCAUUAUAUUAGGACCAAGGCCAUUGAAGGAUGCCAGCACAGCUUGCCAAGCUCUGGGCGAACAACUGUGGUCUCCUGAGCUAAAGACAGCGAGUAUACGGCCUAACUUGGACUAUCUGAUAUAUACCAAGAGUGCCCAGAGGCAAACAAAGUACUGGAUCGCUCCCAAGGGCGUAGCCACUCGAACCAUUGAUGCCAGCGGCGACUACGCAUGGACCAAUGCAUCGUCCCGACUACCUGUACUGUGCUCGCAUACAGCCCCGUUUUCGAAUGAGACGAUUCAAGAUACAAGUCCAAAGUGGCAAGUGACCGUGCGGUCAAACAACGAAUAUCUUACAGGAUUUCGAGAUCGGUACAGCUUCCGCUUUCUGGGACUUCGCUACGCGCCGCAGCCUGAGCGCUUUACAUACUCCGAGCCAUAUGUAGGCAAUGGCGUAAAUUCAUCUGCGAUGGAGUAUGGCUCUCAAUGCGUCCAGUCAGGCGGGGGAUCUGAAGAUUGCCUGUUCCUCAACAUUUGGACCAAUUUCCUCCCAGGGCCGCACUCGUCGAAGCAGGAUCUGAAGCCAGUUAUGUUCUGGAUCCACGGCGGUGCCUUUACCAGCGGAACGGCGAACGACCCAAAUUUAGACGGCGGUAAUCUAGCCUCAAGAGGCGAUGUCGUAGUAGUCGGCAUCAACUACCGUCUCGGCUCACUGGGUUUCCUCGCCCUGCCGGACGGCGCAACUAACGGAAAUUUCGGACUAGCCGACCAAAUCAAUGCACUCGACUGGGUCCGCAACAACGUUCGAGACUUUGGCGGCGAUCCCAACCGCAUCACUAUCUUUGGCCAAUCCGCUGGCGCCGGAAGCGUGCGCGCUCUGAUGGCAUCUCCCAAGUCCAUUGGUAAGUUCGCAGGCGCCAUUCCGCUGAGUAAUUUGGGCGGCAUCAAUUAUGGCACGACAUACAGCGAGUACUAUACCAUCGCCGAGGAGAUGGAAGUAGCGGGCACCGCCAUCCUGUCCGCAACCAACUGCACGGAGGCGCAGUUGCCACUCGACUGCCUACGAGCUCUCCCAGCCGAAACAUUUACAACCCUCAGCGCAGUGGCUCGAUAUCCCGUAGUAGACGGCACUUACUUAACCUCCAACCAACUCCAGCUCCGAGGCCCACCCUUACCUGUUCACCUGAUGAUGGGCACCACCCGCGACGACGGCGCCCCCUUCAUAACUUUCCCCACCACCACCGACGAGCAAACCUACCUCAAUACCUCCGACUUCGCCAUCCCGCCACCAGACCUCUUUCCCAUCCCCAACCUAACCAAUAAAACCCUCGCGCUUUUCAACAUGACCAGCCGCCUCGCCACCGACGGCAUAUUCCGGUGCAUCGAUCAAGCCACCGUGUACACGGGCCUCUUAACCGGGCGUCUGGGCAAACAAGUCUACUACUACGAGUUUAACCGCACGUACCAAAUAACCGGAUGGCCAGGUUUAGACAUCUGCGAACCGUCCAAGACUGCCUCACAUCCGUACGGAGACCCGAGGGGGGAGUAUUUCAAGUGCCACUCGGGCGAGCUGUACUACGUGUUUGGGAAUUUGGGCAGGCAGGGGUUGCCGAUGCGGGAUGCGGACGAUUUGCCUUUUGAGCAGUUGGUGCUGGAUUCCUUUGCGGCAUUCGCGAGGACGGGGGAUCCGAAUCCGGAGGCUGGGUUCUUGGAGACGAGGGGGUAUGAGGGGACGCUGGAGGAGAUGAGGAGGAGUGGGCGGUGGGAGCCUGCUACGAGGGGGAGGGGGAUGACGAAGAGGGUGUUGCAGUGGCCAAGUUCACAGUGGGGAUUCGAGGAGGAGGAGCAGUGUGAGCAGUUGGGUCUGGGGUUGGAUUAUUAUCUAAAAUAA